CGGAGUUUCGGUCAGAGCUCAGCUAUACGCUGUGGAGCAAACACACACACACACACACACACACACACUCUCUCUGUGCACUUCAUAGCUUAUUAUUAAACCAGGACUGAGAACGAUUUCUUUCUCUUUUUUCUCUCUCCAAAAACCCCGAGAUUGUGAUCACAGUUUGGCGGAGCGCGUGGACGCUUUUACAACUCCUUUUAAUAAUAAGCAAGAAAGAAAAGUCGCGGCUGAGGAGCAAAACAGAAAGUCAGUAAGUUUGUGGCUCUGAAGAGUGGAUGCCGGGUGUAUUUUUAUUUUUAUUUUUUUUUAAUUUUUUAAAUCGGGAGGCAUAGUUUUGUGUACAAUAGGACUUAAGUUGCUCCUUUCUCGCUGACAAGCAGAGACUCCAGAGAAAACAUGGUGCGAGACUCCGGUUUCUGCUCAGCGACAGGACUCCUCGGUGCUAUCAUCCUCAUCCUCCUGAAUGUCCGAGGCUUGUUGGCUCAGAAGGUGAAGGUGGAGCCAGAAGUGGUGUCCUAUCCGGGACAGACGGUCAUUCUGCGCUGUCAGUUUCCUGACCCAGGCCAAACCCAGCUUACUCAGGUGUCGUGGAUUUUAGAGAAGAGCGAUGGGUCCAGGACGAACAUCGCAGUGUUUCAUCCGAAAUACGGGGCUAAUUAUCCAUCAUCUCCAGUGGAGGGGCGUGUUAGUUUCAUGAUCGACCCCACCACUCUGGAAAACCCAACUAUUCAGAUCACAGAAAUCGCUCUGACGGAUGAAGGAAAGUACAUCUGCGAGUACGCCGCCUAUCCCACCGGAAACGAGAAGGGCGUGACCUCCCUCAUCAUACUAGCCAAACCCACCAACUCGGCCACCACCAUCACCGUGCCUGUCGGGGACACUGCUGUCGCCGUAGCGCGCUGCGAGUCGGCUAACGGACGGCCCCCGGCCACCAUCACCUGGCUGACUUCUGUGAACGGCAACAGCUCAGCGCCAGUCACUACCGACAACUCGGACAACACUGUGACAGUGCGCAGCGAAUACUUCCUCAAUCCCACUCCGGCUGAUAACGGCAAGGAGAUCACCUGUAAGGUGACGCAUCGCACGAUGCCCAACAGCGAGACCUACGCCAUGAAACUGGUGGUCCAAUAUCCUCCUCAGGUGCAGAUUACAGGAUAUGACAAUAACUGGUACAUAGGCCGGUCCAACGUGGUGUUGACCUGCCAGUAUCAGGGAAACCCCGAUCCCCCAACCGUGAACUGGAAAGUGAGCUCAGGCUUCAUGCCGGACACGGUGGAGGUGUCAAAGAAUAGACUGACCAUACUGAAGGUGGACGACGCGGUAAACACCACGUUCAUCUGUGAAGUGACAAACAGCCUCGGCACCGGCAAGGAUCAGGUUGCUGUGUUCGUGAGGGCAACAAGCAAAGGCCAUGCUACAGGCAUCAUAAUUGGAGCCAUUAUCGGAGUCAUCCUCUUCAUCGCCCUCAUCGUCACCAUUGUGCUCUUGGUCCGCAAACAACGCAUGAACAGAGAUGGUCCUCCUACUCACAAGCCUCCUCCUCCUCAGAAGCACACAAAGAUCUCCUACAGUGCUGUCAGCAACACGCAAAACAAUGUUCCACUCGAGUACUACGAGACACAAAGGGUAGAACCAGUGACGGAUCUGGACUCGUACCACGGUGACGAUGAGAACCAGCCGAAAACGUUUGGCCCCAACACCGGCUAUGACUUUGAGGGCAGUGAGAUUCUCCCCCCAUAUUGCGAAUUCAGAGAGAUGGAUACAGGGAUGGUUGCUAAUGAACAGCACCUAGGCCCUUCGUCCUUAACCAGGGAGGACAGUUUUAUGUCUGCUCCCAUGAUUGUGUAGGAAAAAUUAUAGAUAGUCAUAUACACUGGACUGAGAGAGAGAGAGAGAGAGAGAGAGAGAGAGAGAUUGAGUCAUCCUUGUGAUUUUAGAUGUAAAGCUGUCUUGUGCUUCUGUCGAACUGCUGUUGGAACUCUUUUAAAUGUUUAAGAGUCAGUAUAAGAUUAAACGAUGCCACAGUCUGUCUCUAGCACACAUUAAAACAGCAGACCUUCAUCUUUAAUCUCCGAUGCUUCAAGCGUCAUGAGACAGCAAAAAUAUCACCUAAACAAUUUUCUUUUUAAUUAUCCAAAUCCAAAUAAGGUAAAUACUUGAAAUUCUUCUAAAAUUCCGCAUCCUAUAGCCCCGGAUUGUCUGACAUCCACCAAUUCUUUACUCUCACAUCAUCACCUUCCUUCCUUCCUGUGUUAAAUUCCUAUUUAGAAUAAAAAUAAACACAAGCCUUUACCUCAUCAUGGGCUUUUACAAUAUUACCAAAAAAAUGUAGGCAACAAUAAAUGUAUAAAUCUAUCAACUACUUUGUAACCUUUCGAAUGCAUAUUGAGUGACUGCAGUAGCUGUUGCUUCAUGCCUUCACACUGGCUGGCCUGAGUGAUCGUCACGAAUCUACAAAAAUAUUCAUUUGCAUGCUUUUGAACAAACAUGUUAGGAUUGAGUCGAGUCAACCAAGUCAAGUGAUCCUUAACUAUUUUUUUUAAUUUUUAUUUUUUUUGUUCAUCCUCACGUCUUCUCACUUCUUAAUGUUUGAUGCAUUUGCUUUUUUUAUUUAUUUAUUUUUUUUAGGAAAAAGAUUGUGGGUUUUUUUUUGUUUUUGUUUUUGUUUUGCUAUUAAAAGCAUCCUCGUGUGAAUCGUCUUCUCACUUCUUAAGGUUGGAUGCAUGUGCUUUUUCUUCUUUUUUUUUUCAAAAAUGAUUGUUUUUAUUUUUAUUUUUUUACAAAAAAGAUUGUAGUUCUUUUUUUAAAUUUUAUUUUAUUGUUUACAAAAAAGAUUGUAGUUCUUUUCUUUCUUUUUUUUUUACAAAAACGAUUGUAGUUCUUUUAUUUUAUUUUAUUUUAUUUUAUUUUAUUUUAUUUUAUUUUAUUUUAUUUUAUUUUAUUUUAUUUUAUUUUAUUUUUUACCAAAAAGAUUGUGGGGUUUUUCUUUGUAUUAGAAGCAUCCUUAUGUAAAUUGCCUUCCUAUUUCUUAAUGUUUGAUGCUUUUUCUUUUUUUUUUUUUUUUGUAAUGAUGUAGACCACUGUACAAAACACCACUGUAAACCCUGACAGGACCCAACAAUCCCUGAAUGCAAUUAUCUGCCAUUUGCACAUAAGAUAAUGUAUAAUAUCCAGAUUCUUCCUUUCUGUUCCAAUAUUUAUGCAAGGCAUGGAGUGUGUACUGUAACACUUCAUCUUUCCUGUGCUCUCUGUAUAUGGAGUCAUUCAUAUUUCCUGCUCUCACCUUCCCUGAACCCCUGAAUCACUGUGACUGUGUUUUAAUACGACGACUGCAGGCUUGUAGCAUUUUUUACACUCGUCCAUAAGUUUUUUUUAAUUUCUGUAAUGAAACUUUUAUACGCUUAGAAUUCUGCAUGUAUCAUGAUAUAAUAUUCUUCUGUUGAAAAGGUGUUUCAGGUUUCCUGUGUGUGUAAAAGUCAACACAGAAUCUGUUUCUGAUUUCUUCUGUUCUGAAUCUCGGAGCCGAAGGUUCUUCUGCGGUUCCUUCGGCUGCUUUUAUACUGUGACAACAAGCAUAUUUGCUGUUUUUUUUUUCCCUUCUCUGCUGCUAUUCUCCUUGUUACUACAGCAAACAUACUGUUUAUCUAUCUAAUUGACAGUAUUAGGUUAAUAAAUUGGUGGUGGUCGGUG